AAAUCCAAUAGCUUCAUCUUCUCUUCUUCAUCUCUCAUCAUCUCCACGAAAAGAGAGAUGAAACAAAAAAUCCGGCCUUCACUUCAAAAGCCUUCAAGCUUCUUCUCCACUCUGAACAAGUUCCAAAGAGCUUCCUCACUUCAAGUGAUCAAGAACAAACCUUUUAAAAAUGGCGCAUCUACUCACAGCUUCACCCCCUUCAGUCAUCUCCCUAACCAGCAGCAAGAGCAAGAACUCGGUUAAACCGUUUGAUUUUAACCAAACCGUCUUCAACCCUCAACCCCUUUCUAACUCUCCUCUUAAAGGACUUCUCUUCCAAGAGAAGUCCCCAAGAAGAAGAAGCUGCGUCUUCCUAGCAUCUGCUCUACCUACAACCCAACAAGCACCACCUGAAACAUCUUCAAACAACUCAUCAUCCAAACCAAAACGUGUCAUGGUCAUUGGUGGAGACGGCUACUGCGGCUGGGCCACAGCUCUCCACUUAUCCAAAAAAAACUACGAAGUCGCCAUCGUUGACAAUCUCGUGAGACGUCUCUUCGACCACCAGCUUGGUCUCGAGUCACUAACUCCCAUAGCUUCGAUCCACGACCGUAUCAGUCGCUGGAAGGCCUUGACAGGGAAGACUAUCGAGCUUUACAUCGGAGACAUCUGUGACUUUGAGUUUUUAGCUGACUCUUUCAACUCCUUUGAGCCUGACUCAGUUGUUCACUUCGGUGAACAACGCUCAGCGCCUUACUCUAUGAUAGACCGUUCAAGAGCGGUCUUUACGCAGCACAACAAUGUCAUAGGCACUCUCAACGUCCUCUUUGCGAUCAAAGAGUUUCGAGAAGACUGUCAUUUAGUGAAGUUAGGGACGAUGGGUGAGUAUGGAACUCCGAAUAUCGAUAUCGAGGAAGGUUAUAUAACGAUAACGCAUAACGGUAGGACUGAUACGCUGCCGUAUCCGAAGCAGGCGAGCUCGUUUUAUCAUCUUAGUAAAGUUCAUGAUUCCCACAACAUUGCUUUUACUUGCAAGGCGUGGGGGAUGAGAGCUACUGAUCUUAAUCAGGGAGUUGUAUAUGGUGUGAAGACUGAUGAGACUGAGAUGCAUGAGGAGUUGCGUAAUAGGUUGGAUUAUGAUGCUGUGUUUGGUACUGCUCUUAACCGGUUUUGUGUGCAAGCUGCUGUUGGGCAUCCACUUACGGUUUAUGGUAAAGGUGGUCAGACCAGAGGCUACCUUGAUAUAAGAGACACGGUUCAAUGUGUUGAGCUAGCUAUAGCGAAUCCAGCAAAGGCUGGUGAGUUCAGGGUAUUCAACCAGUUCACAGAACAGUUUUCAGUCAACGAACUGGCUUCUCUGGUGACUAAAGCUGGUUCAAAGCUGGGGCUAGACGUGACAAAGAUGACGGUGCCUAACCCGAGAGUGGAGGCGGAAGAGCAUUACUACAAUGCAAAGCACACAAAGCUGAUGGAACUUGGACUUGAGCCUCAUUAUAUGUCUGAGUCACUUCUUGAUUCGUUGCUCAACUUUGCUGUUCAGUUUAGGGAUCGUGUGGACAAAAAGCAAAUCAUGCCUAGUGUUUCUUGGAAGAAGAUUGGCGUCAAGACCAAGUCCAUGACACCCUAA